CUCGGAGCGUGGAGCGCCGAGACCAGACCAAGUUCCGAGCGCGGAGCUGGCCCCGGCGCGUGCUGUGUUGCGGACUCUGGACCCCGGACCCCGGACCCCGGACCCCGGACCCCGUGCACGCUCCCUAGUCCUGCCCCGGGCGCCCGUGUGCGUCCCCCGUGCGCGCCCAGGCCAUGCGCGGCCUCGGGCUCCCGCUGUUCGCUCUGUGGCUGCGAGUGGCCUUGCCCAGCGCUCCCCUGCCCCACGUGGAGCAGUAUGAGGUGGUGUGGCCCCAACGUCUGCCACCACCCCGUGCCCGCCGAGCCCUGCCCUCCCACUUGGACCCGUACCCCGAGAGUGUGAGCUAUGUCCUUGGGGCCCAAGGGCACACCUUCACCCUGCACUUGCGGAAGAACAGGGAGCUAGUGGGCUCUGGCUACACGGAGACCUACAGCACGGCCAAUGGCUCCCAGGUGGUGGAGCAGCCACGGAGGCAGGAUCACUGCUUCUACCAGGGCCACGUGGAGGGGCAUGAGCAUUCUGCCGCCAGCCUCAGCACCUGUGCCGGCCUCAGGGGCUUCUUCCAGGCUGGCUCAGGUGUCCACCUGAUUGAGCCCCUGGAUGGGGCCAGCGAGGAGGGGCGGCAUGCGCUGUACCGGGCCGAGCACCUGCAGCAGGAGGCUGGGACCUGCGGGGUCAGCGAUACCAGCUUGGAGAAGGCCUUGGGGCCUCGCAUCUCAGCAGCCUUCAGGCCCCGGAGCCGGCCGCUGCCCCGGGACACCCGCUACGUGGAGCUGUACGUGGUCACGGACCAUGCAGAGUUCCAGCUGUUGGGGAGCAGAGAGGCUGUGCGCAGCCGGGUGCUGGAGGUGGUGAACCAUGUGGACAAGCUUUACCAGGAGCUCAACGUCCGUGUGGUCCUGGUGGGCCUGGAGAUCUGGAACCAGGUGGACGGGAUCCACGUGAGCUCCCACGCCAACACCACCCUGGAGAACUUCCUCAUCUGGCGGUCGCAGAGGCUGGCAGGGCGUCACCAGCACGACAACGCGCAGCUGAUCACCGGGGUCGACUUCGCCGGGACCACCGUGGGACUGGCUAAGGUGUCGUCCAUGUGCUCCCAGGCCUCAGGGGCUGUGAACCAGGACCAUAACCAGAACCCCAUCGGUGUGGCGUCCACCAUGGCCCACGAGAUGGGCCACAACCUGGGCAUGGACCACGACGACAACGUGCAGGGCUGCUACUGCCCCGUGCCGCGGGAGGGCGGUGGCUGUGUCAUGGCGGCCAGCAUCGGCAUCAAGUUCCCCAGGAUGUUCAGCCAAUGCAGCCGCACCGACCUGGAGAUGUUCGUGGAGAAACCCCGGACGCGCUGCCUGGACAACGCCCCGGACCCUGGCCGGCUGGUGGGCGACCCCGUGUGUGGGAACCAGUUUGUGGAGCACGGGGAGCAGUGUGACUGCGGCCCGCCCCAGGACUGUCGGAACCCCUGCUGCAAUGCCACCACCUGCCAGCUGGCCCACGGGGCCCAGUGUGCACAGGGUGCCUGCUGCCGGGAGUGCAGGGUGACGCCCGCCGGUGAGCUGUGCCGUCGCCCAAAGGAUGCAUGUGACCUUGAAGAGCACUGUGACGGCCAGCAGCCAGGGUGCCCAGAGGACGCCUUCCGAGAGAACGGCACACCCUGCCCGGGGGGCUACUGCUACAAUGGAGUCUGCCCCACGCUGGCCCAGAGGUGCCAGGACCUGUGGGGGCCAGGCUCACGGGCCGCCAUGGAAAGGUGCUACUCCUACAGCCUCUCGCCGGACUGCAAGGGUGGGAUCCCCUUUGAUUCCAGCCGGGUCAACAGGUGUGGCGUCCUGUACUGUGAGGGGGGAGAGAAACCCCCAGAGCGGAGUUCAUGCAGCCUCACCUCCUACCCGGCCACUUGCCAGGCGCUCGUGCUGGAGGAAGGUGCUGGCUACGAGCCAGUGCCCGAAGGCACCAAGUGUGGCGUGGAGAGGAUUUGCUGGAAAGGACACUGCCAGCCGCUGCAAGUUUACAGAUCCAGAAACUGCUCCGCCCGGUGCAACAACCAUGGGGUGUGCAACCACAAGGAGGAGUGCCAGUGCCACCCGGGCUGGGCACCGCCUUACUGCACAGAGCCGCUGCCCUUCGUGCGCACAGCAGCCACUGUGCGUGCAGCCAGCCACAGCACCACCACCUCCAGGGCCUGGCCGGCCCUGACUCACGUCACUGUGGGCCCGGGGCCAGCCAUCGCCAAGCCCCCCAACUCCUCAUCUGAGAGUCUGGAGCGCUGGUGGUCCAGGAGCCUCCUGAUGGCCGUGCUGAUCCCUGUGGUGCUCCUGGGGGCUCUGGCCCUCCUGGCGGGUGCAGUCAUCUACCGAAAGGCCCGGGGCCGCAAACUUUGGGGGACUGCAGCGCCCAAGACCGCCGUAGGGCUCUCCAACCCCUUGUUCCACGAGGGGCACGGAGUGCCUGCCACAGGUGGGGCUGCGGCCCUCCACCACCACCACGGCCAGCUCACCAGGCCCACAGCCCCCAGGGCGGCCCCCAGGCAGCCGCCCCCUGCUCCUCCAGCCGCCAUGUCUAGCCCACCCUUCACGGUUCCUGUGUAUACCCGGCCACCCCCAGCCCAGCUCAGACCUGCUCCGCCUGCCAAGCCCCAUCCUGAACUGAAGCCCAAGCAGGUUGUCAAGCCGACCUUCCCACCCCCAGGGCCACCAGUCAAGCCUGGGGCUGGAGGAGCCGAUCCCAGGCCCCUGCAGGGUGUCGUCUGUCCCAAGGCUGCUCUGAAGCCACCGGUGCAGAGAAGGUGACUCCUGGUGCCUGCAGCCCUGGCGCCAGUGGGGAGACACCUGUCCUUCAUGUUGAAGGGACCCCGCCUGCCCCCCAUGCUCUCCACCCCUGGGGGCUGCGUACGCUGUGAGAAGUGCUAACGGAGGAGACAGGGCCAGACCCCCUCUCCCCACGCCGUGCCCCCUGCCCGGAUCCCCGCACCCCCGGCGCCCCACCCCCCACCCGGGCUCCCUGCCCUCCUCCCCCAGGGGCGCUUCCACUGUGAGAAAUGCUAACAGGGCCCGGACCCUGAGAGGCACCUGCGGCCCCAGCUGCUGCUCUGGAAGUCCCGGGCGUGCCUGCAACCGAAACUGCAAUGAAAAGUGUGUGUUUUAUGAUUAAGUUAUUGAUCAAGUUCUCAAUGAUGCGAGUUUCUUAUUAAAUCGAUGGAAGAGUGUAUGUAUGCUCAAUAAUGUGGAAUUCAAUGUAUAACAUGUAAGGGAUCAGUGCUUGUUAAAAUAAAAUGAACACUGAAAACGGAAAA